AUGGAUGUGGGUGGUGGAGCAGGCGUCGCCGGCGACAAUCCUACCUCCGCAGUGACACGAUUUACCCACGCCAUGUGGAGGCGCUACCAGCAUUUAUUGGACAAAUCGACGCCGUUGGUGAUGUACCGUUGGAUCUUCCUGUCGGUUAUCACGUUGAUCUAUGCCUUGCGCGUGUAUAUGGUUCAGGGUUACUAUAUCAUAACGUACGGCCUCGGCAUCUAUAUCCUGCAACUGCUUAUAGCAUUCCUGUCCCCGAAUGUCGACCCUGAGAUCCAGGAUAUCAGGGAUGGACCUAACCUCCCAACCCGGGGCUCCGACGAGUUCCGCCCCUUUGUCCGUCGCCUCCCCGAGUUUAAGUUCUGGCAUUCACUUGCAAAGGCAUUCUGCUUUGCCUUUGUGCUGACCUUCUUCAGUGCCUUUGAUGUACCUGUGUUUUGGCCAAUUCUAUUGUUCUACUGGUUGGUGCUGUUCGUCUCAACAAUGAAGAGGCAAAUACUGCACAUGAUGAAAUAUAAAUAUGUUCCAUUCACUUUUGGGAAGCAGCGUUACUCUGGGAAGAAGGUAGCUUCCACUGAUGACGUGAGCACUUCCAGGCCUUAA